GUGAAGCUCGCUCGCUCGCGUGAUCGGAUCAGAUUAUACUUGUGUCCCAGUGUCCCUCCCACAUGGCGCACGCGGAGCGAGAGUGUGGGGUAGGUCAUAGAAGAAACGGGGCUAAAAAUCGGUACCCCUCGUAGGGCUGAGGGCAAUGUCAAAAAAAUCUCAGAAUUUUUACCCCGCCCUCGCAGCUCCAUCGCAUCGAUCUCGAAACUCAAUUGGCUAACUACCAUCGCAAAAAUACACAGUCUUCUCGCAAAAUGUCUAACGUACACGUCGCUAUCAUCGGUGCUGGUGGUGUCGGGAAAGCCUUCAUCUCGCAGCUUGCAGGCUACAUCGCCCGGAACCCAUCUGCAUCGCUCGCCACCAUCCUUAUCUCGCGUUCGAGCAAGGCAUUGGUCUCGCAGAACUACGCGCCGUUGGACCUUAGCAAGUGGUCCGAGGAGCUUGCCUCGUCCAGCACGUCCCCGCUCUCGUACCCCACCCAGACACUGGAGUUCCUUAAGGCGGCCCCCGGCCCUGUGAUCCUCGUCGACAACACUUCCGAUGAGUCCCUGGCUACGUCCUACCCGCUUUUCCUCUCCAACGGAAUCCACAUCGUGACUCCCAACAAGAAGGGCUUCUCGGGCAACAUCAGCCUGUGGAAGGAUAUCUACGCGGCCGCCGCAAACGGAGGCAACCCCAAGGGUGGUUAUGUUUUCCACGAGGCCACCGUUGGUGCUGGUCUGCCAGUACUGAGCACCCUCAAGGAGCUUGUGGAGACCGGUGACCGCAUCAAAACGAUCGAGGGCAUCUUCUCGGGAACCAUGAGCUUCCUGUUCAACAGCUUUGCACCUCUAGACGGUAACAACGGUGGAAAGGGCUUCGCCGCCUGUGUCAAGGAAGCACAGCAGCUUGGCUACACUGAGCCAGACCCCCGCGAUGACCUCAAUGGUCUCGAUGUGGCCAGGAAGCUCACGAUUCUUGCGCGUCUCUGCGGAUUGGAGGUCGAGUCACCAACUUCGUUCCCCAUUCAGUCGCUCAUUCCGGGACCUCUGGAGUCGGCCAAGAGCGCGGACGAGUUCCUUGGUGGCCUUGGAGAGUUCGAUGGCGACAUGACCAAGAUCAAGGAGGAAGCCGAGGCAAAGGGGGCUGUCGUACGAUACGUCGGUAGCUUGAACGUUGAAACGAAGGAGGUGAAAGUGGGGUUGGAGACCUUCAACAAGGGUAGUUCGAUCGCUGGGCUGAAGGGCAGCGACAACAUCAUCAGUUUCUACACCGAGAGAUACGGCAACAAUCCGCUCAUCGUUCAAGGAGCGGGUGCCGGCGCAGAUGUCACCGCUAUGGGUGUUCUGGGAGACCUGCUCAAGGUCUUGCAGAGGUUGAGAUAGAUUCCCGUAGGGUGUGUGCAAGCGGCGGCGGUGGGCAUGGGCAGCUGUUUGCACUCGACUCCGGUUCCCUUAGAGUACCUAGCCGAUACAUAGGGGGACGCAGAGCGAAAAAGAACGAUGGGCGUGAACCUGCAUAGGUGUCAGGUCCCUAUCCUUGCAGAAACAAUCGCUCUACUACAUAGAGUGCUCUAUAGAUGUGCAAAGUGACCGUGAUGAUACAUACUCUAUGUACCUGUGUUCGUACGUAGAGUGACUUUUUCCCCCCGGUGGUGAAGGAUAUGUAGCCAGAGGACACUCUUUACACCGGAGGAAUCGGUUGCAUGGAAUCGGUGAUGCAUCUAGAGU